AUGUCAAGAUUAGAAAUAUACUCACCAGAAGGGCUACGUCUAGAUGGACGUCGAUGGAAUGAACUCCGCCGUUUUGAAAGUUCUAUCAACACUCAUCCGCAUGCUGCCGACGGUUCGUCUUAUAUGGAACAAGGCAACAACAAAAUUAUCACUCUGGUUAAAGGUCCGAAAGAGCCAAGGUUGAAAUCUCAAAUGGAUACUUCAAAGGCUUUAUUGAAUGUAUCAGUGAAUAUUACAAAAUUUUCUAAAUUUGAAAGAAGUAAAUCCAGUCAUAAAAACGAAAGGCGUGUUCUUGAGAUACAAACAUCCCUCGUGAGGAUGUUUGAGAAGAACGUAAUGUUGAACAUUUACCCUAGGACAGUUAUUGACAUCGAAAUUCAUGUCCUCGAACAAGAUGGCGGUAUCAUGGGCUCUUUAAUCAACGGUAUCACUCUGGCACUAAUAGACGCUGGUAUAUCAAUGUUCGAUUAUAUAAGUGGCAUCUCUGUUGGGCUAUACGAUACUACCCCAUUACUAGAUACCAAUUCAUUAGAAGAAAAUGCCAUGAGUACAGUGACGGUAGGUGUAGUAGGAAAAUCAGAAAAACUAUCUCUUUUGUUAAUAGAAGACAAAAUUCCAUUGGAUAGAUUAGAGAACGUCCUGGCUAUCGGCAUCGCAGGUGCCCACAGGGUAAGAGAUUUGAUGGAUGAGGAACUAAGAAAACAUGCUCAGAAAAGAGUCACGAAUGCCUCUAUUAGGUAA